UGUGAGAAACAUAUAAAUAGUAUUGCAUUUUUAAUAAUUAACACAAUUUCCCUUGUGACUAGAAGUAAUGUACCAUUAUUCUAAGCUAAAUCAGAAUUAAAGUAAAAUAUAUACGUGUUGUAUGUUAAACUUUGAAUAAACAUGAAAAUCGCUGUAAUUGGUGCUGGAUCCGCUGGACUUGCGGCCCUACGACACUCUACAUCUGAUAUUUUCGACAACGAAGUAAUCUGUUAUGAGAGAACAGCUCAGGUAGGAGGUACCUGGGUAUACACAGAAGAAUCUGGUGUGGAUCAAUAUGGUUUGCCAAUUCACACCAGCAUGUAUAAAAGUCUAAGAACGAAUCUUCCGAAGGAAGUGAUGGGAUAUCCUGAUUACCCUAUUCCGGAUGUACCUGAAUGUUUUAUAUAUCGCACGCAAAUUCUCGACUUUCUCAACUCUUAUUGCGAUCAUUUUCAAAUUCGACAGUAUAUUCGAUUUCUGCAUAACGUUGAGUUAGUGAAACCGAUAGAUGGGGAUCGCAAGUGGUUGGUCAGGGUAAAAGAUUUGCGGAAGAAUAUUGUAACUGUUGAGUCGUUCGACGCGGUAAUGGUAUGCAACGGACAUUUUUCUAACCCUAAUAUACCAGAAAUAAAGGGUCAAGAUAUUUUCCAAGGGCAACAGUUACAUAGUCACGACUACAGAGUACCUGAAGUAUUCAGUGACAAAACGGUGGUCAUUGUUGGCGCCGGUCCUUCUGGAUUUGACUUGGUAUUGGAAAUUGUAAAAACAGCUAAGAAAACAAUUUUUAGUCAUCAUAUACAGGCUGAAAAUGGCAUUCCUUUUCCCGCCAAUAUCAUUCAGAAACCAGAUGUGAAAGAGUUAACCGAAAGAAGCGUUCUUUUCGAAGAUAGCUCCAGCGAAUCGAUCGAUGCAAUUUUCUACUGUAAAAAGAUCGUAGGAUACAAGUACAACUUUUCCUUUUUGGACGAAAGAUGCGGGGUACAAGUAGACUCAAAAAUGGUAACGCCAUUAUGGAAGCACAUUGUGUCGAUCGAAAAUCUUACACUUGCUUUCAUCGGCAUUAUAUCUCAUGUUUGUGCUUUCAACGUGUGGGAUGUACAAGUACGAUUUGUUCUGCAAUUGUGGAGCGGCAAGAAGAAAUUUCCCUCUAAAGAAGAUAUGUUGAAGGACGAGAAUGAAGAAUUGAAAAGUCGUACGAACGAGGGGGUCCCUAAGAAAUACUUCCACGUGAUCAAAGAUAGACAACAUGUCUAUCUGGAAGAUCUUGCAAAAAUUGCAAACAUUAAAACGUUUCCUCCAGUUAUUUCGAAUAUCUUUGUCGAUUGUUAUACGCGAGUUUUCAAUAACAUAUUAGAAUAUCGAAACGCCAAGUACAAAAUUCUCGACGAACAUAACUUCGUUCGAUUAAUUUAUAUGAAAAUCGCUGUGAUCGGUGCUGGAUCCGCUGGUCUCGCUGCCCUACGACACUGCACUUCCGGUACAUACGACACUGAAGUAGUAUGCUACGAGAAAACAGAUCAAGUAGGCGGUACAUGGGUUUACAGGGAAGAAACUGGUUUCGAUCGAUACGGUUUACCGAUACACACUAGUAUGUACAAAAAUCUAAGAACGAAUCUUCCUAAAGAAGUGAUGGGAUACCCUGAUUAUCCAGUCUCGGACACUCCUGAGAGUUACUUGACGCGCUCGCAAAUACUCAACUUUCUAAACUCAUAUUGCGAUCAUUUUAAUCUUCGCAAGCAUAUUCGGUUCCUCCAUAACGUUGAAUUAGUGGAACCAUCGUCAGGUAGCCGGAAGUGGGAGAUCAAAGUGAAAGAUCUGGCGAAAAACACGAUCCUAGUAGAAUCAUUCGACGCGGUUAUGGUGUGCAACGGUCACUACUUCCAGCCUAGUAUGCCAAAUUUGAAAGGUCAGAUGGAUUUCAAGGGAGAGCAAUUGCACAGCCACGAUUACAGGGUUCCAGAUAUUUUCAUCGAUAAGGCUGUAAUUGUUAUUGGCGCAGGUCCUUCGGGAAUGGAUUUAGCAUUGGAUAUAUCGAGGAGAGCGAAGCGUGUGUUCUUAAGUCACCACUUGAACGAUCCUAUCGGUACUGUAUUUCCUGAUAACGUUAUUCAGAAACCAGAUGUAAAAGAACUCACUGAAAACGGUGCUCUCUUCUCUGAUGGAACGAACGAACAAGUGGAUGUGAUUUUCUAUUGUACAGGAUACAAGUACAGCUUCCCCUUCUUGAGCGAAAAAUGCGGAGUACGUGUAGAUUCCAAUAUGGUGACACCGUUAUGGAAACAUCUGGUAUCGAUCGAAAAUCCCACCCUCGCCUUGGUCGGUCUUCCUUUUUAUGUUUGCGCUUUCAGCAUGUUCGAUCUGCAGGUUCGAUUCGUCCUGCAAUAUUGGUGUGGCAAGAGAGACUUUCCUUCUAAGGCGGACAUGUUGAGAGAGGAGGCGGAAGAGUUGGAAAAACGGAAGAAAGAAGGCCUGCGUAGAAAGCACUUUCACAUGAUGGGAUUCAAACAGGGCGAUUAUUACAACGAUCUUGCCAAUACCGCUGGAAUCACACCGUUGCCUGAAGUUCUAACCAAAUUGCACAACGAGAGCAGUAUGCAAUUCUUGAAUGAUUUAGUACACUAUCGAGAAAAUAGAUACAAAGUCAUCGAUGAUUAUAACUUCAUUCAACUUUGAUACUGCGUAUCUUGUCGACGAUGCGAAAUGAAAUAUGACGAUUGACCGAGUUUACGUAAAUGGUAUAAAGGUAUUUCGUGCUCAAUAGAUCCAAUUAUAGCGAUUACAUAAGACGGAGUGAACACUGCCACUUUUUUUUUCUAUUUUACAAUGUCAAUGGUGAAAUUGUGAUAGAUGAAUUA